GUAUGGCAAUAAACUUAUCUUCAGCUACAGGUGGGUGUUUUAUUGCAAAGAAAAUACAGUGAAAAAUAUGCGUUCUUACUGUGAGUGGGAUUACCUCUCCACAGGUCUGUAAUUUAGCCUUGUGGUGUCUUCUUUUUAAUGCCGUACUUUGGAACAUUCAAGAUGAAAUUAAAAGAAAAAACACAGAGAGACAAGCACUUGGUAAAUCCUCCUGCAGUAAAGUUACAAAGUGCACCAUUAAAAUACUUUGUUUUUUUAUACUGCAUAGACAGUAGAGCCGUGCUUUCCAAUUUAAGCUUGAUCCUGUGUCUUGUGCGAGCUUGGGAAUAUCUUAAAGCCAGCUCACCUCACGCAGUCACACUCCAGGAGGUAAACCUUUACUCACAGCUAAAGCCUGCCUGCCACAAUCUGGAACAGUGUAAUCCCUGAACAGAGUGCAUGAAGCUAUGGCUCUGAAGACACAUAACCCUACUGGGAUUUCUGAAACUUGAGACAUUUCACCAGCUAUAGGAAGUCAACCUGGGGCUCAACGUACACGUGGAUUUAUGAGGAAUAUAGUACCUUCUUUCAACUUUUCCUUUUGGUGUGGAUAGACAUGCAAAUUUUUGGACAGUUUUGGUAAAGGUGAAUCAUGCUUGUAUGCCUGGAUGAUUUCAAAGGGAAGUUGUUUUGUCACAUCCUCUUUUGCUGCUUGCUUUAUCAGCUAAACCGUACUUGGAAGUAGACAACCGGCUGUUAGCAGAAGUUGAAAUGCUAGUCAUAUAUAUAUAUAUAACAAGUGAACAAAUGUGCUAAAAUGACCUACUGCAGAAAGUGGUAGGAGUUCUUUCUAUGUAUAUCAAGACCACAGGCUACCUCCCACAUAAAGGAAAAUCCCCAGUGAUGAUCAUAUCAACUGGCCGUGUAUGUAUGACUCUUUGUGACUGAAAACAAGUGAACAGGUGAAAGAGGGAGGGGCUCAGAGAGGAAGAGGGACACGGGAAGUCAACAAGAGUUUUGCCUUUAACACAAAUCAACUAUCAACACGCUUUUGACAACUAUAACAAGUAUUGAAUUUCUGUUUGCAAGAAGAUACGCUACUGACACUUUGUGGAUUCUACUGAUUUUGAUUUGAAGACUAUGACUUGCAAUUUGGAGAGUUUAUUUCCUGUUCUGGCCCAGGAGGCAGACCUGGCCCUGUGCCGCUGUGAGGAUGGAGUGGAGACCGCCCUGCAGUACGCCAAAGUGUGGUGCCGUUACGCCAAGGACCUCCUCAACUGGAUGGAGAAGCGGCUCAGUCUGGAGCAAGAAUUUGCAAAGAAUGUUAUAAAGGCAGCUGAAGGAGCCAAAACCACAGUAGCACAACAGGAAAUGAUGCCCCUGCAGUAUAUUUUCACAAUGGCUUUUGAGCAAGACAUCAAAAAUAGUCUCACAGCAAGAAAAAUGUCCGACUUGAUACAACACCGCUGUUACCAGGCCUUGUCGGCAAAGAGAAAUGAGAUUGACAAGUGGCGCCGGGAGUUCAAAGAGCAGUGGGCACGAGAACAGCGCAAAAUGAAUGACACAGUGACGGCUCUCAGAAAAGCUCGGCAUCAGUACUUCCAACGCUGUGAAGAACUGGAAAAGGCAAAAGCUAUCAGCGCAAAAGCAACUGACGACGCCACUGGCACCAAGACUCUGGACAAGAGGCGGAAAUCUAAGGAUGAAGCACAAACUAAAGUCAUGGAAGCAGAGCUCUUGUAUCGUCAGUGUGUACAUGAUGCCGGGGUCCAACAGGGCGAGUUAGUGAAGGUCAAAGAGAGGAUCAUUUCACACAUAAGAAAACUCAUUUGUCAAGGAGAUACUGUGCUUAAAGAGGCCACAGUAAACAUGUUUUACUACCAGCGACAGCAGACUGAGCAGGUGCCUCUGGGCUAUCACAACCUUGAGCUUACAUCUCGGUCACUGGAGCCCGGAGAGCCAUACCUCCUGUAUAUUCUCGGCAAACCACGCCAAGAUCAACCCCCACAAGUCUUCACCUUCCAGGAAUAUUUCUCUCAAGGCAAAGGGAACAAACGGAAAACUAGCAAUCCCCUCUCAACUGUGAUGGACCCCUAUCCUGUUGCAGAUGAAGGAAGGAGAUCUGUGCACAGUGAUUGUGACAGCUUUGGAGGAAGUCAGGAGUCCCUGUCCAGCCCUGGUCACGUUAGCAGAAGAUUACCCAAAACUGGAUCCACUUUAACUGUUUCAUCAGAUGAUGUGGAUGAGCGAGACCUGGCAUCUGAACCAGAGGGUCUCAUUGAUUCUCCAUGCAAAUCACGUCCUCUUUCUCGAGCUGCCUUGACCCACCGACUCAGAAAGAUGAAGAGCAAAAUGGUCAAAUGUAAACAGUGUGAUAACUACAUUGUUGUGAAUGGAGUUGAAUGUGAAGAGUGUAGUUUGGCCUUGCAUAGAAAGUGUAUGGAGAUUUGCCAGCUGGAGUGUGAACAUGCAAAGGGCACAGUUUUCGGAAUAGACUUAUCACUUUUGCCCCGGGACAAACCAGACGAGGUCCCCUUUGUGGUGCUGCGCUGCAUCUCUGAGAUUGAGAGUCGAGCUCUCUCUGUUCAGGGGGUGUACCGCGUGAGUGGGUCCAAGCCUCGCAUUCAAAAGCUGUGCCAGGCUUUUGAGGAGCAGAAGGAGCUGGUGGAUCUCUCCGACCUGUCUCCACACGAUAUUACUUCAAUUCUAAAACACUUUUUCAAAGAGCUUCCUCGACCUUUACUCACUUUUGAGCUGUACAACGACUUCAUUGACAUGGGGAAGACAAUUCAGCAUCUGAGCGAAAGGCAGCAACCUCCAGACACUAAUGAGAUCAUGGAUGUCAUCACCAGCCUACAGAGUAUUUUAAACAAACUCCCAGCAUACUGUUACAACACUCUGCAGCAUUUGGUGUUUCACCUGCAAAAAGUUUCAGAGAACACAGAAAAUAAAAUGUGUGCCAGUAAUUUGGGUAUCGUAUUUGGACCUACACUACUGCGCCCUACAGAGGCCUCAGACACCAUGCUUGCACUGCAGGAGACCAGCUACCAAGCUCUUCUCAUCGAAUUUCUUAUCACACAUCACAAUAAAGUUUUUGGGGUUCAAGAUCGCUCCUGUACACCUCUUCCUCCAGUACCAAAUGCUCCGCUUCCACAAACUCCGCCCAGAGCUUCUUGCCCUUUAGAACAAGAGGAAUUUACCCGCCCACACUCUUUAGAGACUCGUAAAUUCAAGAGAGAUUCAAGCGAGGGUUAUAUAUCUGACAAAUCUUCCUCCAAUGAGGCAAUGGACCAGCUCAGCCCUGAAGUCAAUAACAGCGCAGUCCUGGCUUUGAAGGAGACAACAAAUGAAACCAAGGAUGAUCCUGUACACACAGUAUUUUCAAGCCAACCACACUAUCGCUUUACCAGACAACCUGUGAAGUACCAUCGUCAUCAUGGUAACCACAGCAACACUGGGCCCAGACACUCAAACCCCAUCCCAAAACAGGAAUCUGCCCCCUCCAGGAGCUGUCCAGGCAGCGCAGACAGCAGUCGCAGCUCAUCUCCAGAUCCAUGGACACAAAGACCUCCAAAAUCUGCCAACUCAAGGCUUUCACAACAGGGUGUUUUGGGAGCAGAGGGUAAACCAGAUGCCCCGGUAAACCCUCGAGAAGUAGUGGAGUAUAUGCUAGGGCUGGACUCGAGAGUUUCAGUAAAAGUGGAGGCGCUGGGGCCUAAACAUGAUCUUAACAGGAAUCAGAGACUGCCUGUUGAUAAAGGACAUGGUUUCGGUCACUUACCAAAACCUCCUCUUUUGAUGGAACACAUUGUGACCUCACCUGCCCAAAAAAUCCUCUCCGGACUCAAGCUAAGGCGAAGCCACUCAGGCAAAGAUGAACAACUCUUUGUAUAAAAACAUGCUUACAACAUAGUGGUCCUGCCCUAAUUGGAAACCUUAUGUAUUCAUAUGGCAAUUUGUUUCUUUAUCUUCAAUGAAACCCAGUUGAAAAGUUUAAGUUGAGUGGUUUGAGCCUUUUCUACAAUUCAAACAAAUUAUAGAUUGUAAUUCUCUCUGUGAGUUAAAUGAUCUUAAUCCAACUGUAUCGUAGCCAAUGCGGUCUACAGUAGUACCUUCACUUUGCAUGUGUCUUGAAGUAAUGAAGGAGAGCUAAGAGUAGGCAGGUUGUUUUUACAGAUUUCACUGUCAAACUGUCAUGUGUUAGAAACUAUUGCUGCAUUGUGUAAAUAAACAUUGCUAUAAUAA